UGCUAGCUUGUUUCGUCCCUCUGGGAUUUAUCAUGGAGGUGUUUACACUUUCCUGUUCUGCGCUUGUAAGUGUAGUUAAUUUGGUUCCUGUUAAGUUUACUCUGAAUUAGAAACAACCGAUGAAAGUUCAGUGAAGUAGGGAAACAGCGGAGCGACUGGAAGGAGCUGUUAGCUUCCCUUCUGCCGACAUUAACGGCUAACCUUUGUUAUAGCGCUCUGUUUGGGACAUGUCUGUUGGAGAUAAGGAAAGGUCCAAGGUUUAUUUUUUUAUUUGUUACUUUGUCAACCGCUCUUGUUGAAGGAGACAGAUGAAGGUGUAACCAGAUCAAGUUGAAUGAGCGGAGCUCAGCAUGCGGAGUCCAGCGAGCUGCCCGUCGCUGGCAGCGCUCCUGCUGGCGGCGCUGUGGCUCGCCUUGGGUCGGCUCUUUGCCUCCGGAUCUCUGGGACCGGGAUGUGACAACGGAAAGCUGCAUUUGGACAGAGACCUGCCUGCAGAUGCUGCUUCUUUCAGAUGUUCAACCACUUCCUGGUCGGAGUCUGUUCAGAGAUUUCCGAGUAUCGACACCCAGUAUGACCCAGAGCCCGCCAGGCCAGUAUGCAUGGAUAACCCCAUCCUCUACAACCACAGCAUUCCUAACAGCGGAGCGUUCAGGCCAGUCAUGGCAGAAAGUGGAGAGUACCUGUAUUGUCCUCCUCAGCGCUGGCUUAAUAAUUUACAUCACGGCGCCUUCGUCCUGCUCUACCAUCCCUGCUCGUCGCUCCGUGAGCGACGCCUCCUUUCCGGAUUGGCCCGCUCCUGUCUGCCGUUCCACAUCGUCACUCCUCACCCACAGCUGAGCAGAGACACGCCUGUAGCUCUGGUCUCCUGGGGUCGAACUUUAGAGCCGAGCACCGUGGCUUCUUCAGACGUGUGCGACUGGCUGCAGACGACACAGAGCCUUAAAAACGUUGAUGGCAGGACGCCGAGUGCGGUGUACAACCUCCUGUUGACCCGGUCAGCAGGCCUGCAGCGUCUGGAACCAUCAGCAGGAACCGAGGAUUCUGUGAGGCAGUGCUGCCAGCGGGUCAUUUCUGCUCUGCUGAGCGGAACCACCGGGGCAGAGCCUGCUAUGAAGCCGGGUUCCUGGAAACGGUUUAAAGAGGGAAGGAAAAACAGGGAAAUCCGAGCAGCAAUCGGAGAAAAGCAGAACCUCAUUAAUAGAGCUAAUGAAACGGCUAAUAACGCCGACCAGAUCGACAGAAUCGGUGCGGCUGAAGCGGCUCAGAAUCACAGCGGCUCCUCUGGAACAGCAUCACAUUCACUUCCAGGACUCUCGGAUCCAAACCGGACUCCUCCAUCUGAGGUCAGGAAGCAGCAGGCUUCCACAUCAGCGCCCACCUCUCGUCCUGGAUCUGAGAUCGAUUCCCCCCAACAUGAAGGUACAGACUCCGUCAGAGGCGGCGUGGAGGAGCGGAGCGACAGCGAGGGGCUCAGGGUUCAGGGCAAAACGAAGCAGAAAGAGGUGGUUGAUGUGGAAGAAAGGGAAGCAGAGCGGGCCCCGGCGCCCGGUGAUGAGCCCCCCCCUCACAGAAAUACUAAAUCUGGCUCAGCUUCUGAGUCCCAGGCGGAGACCCGUCAGAACUGUUCCGCCUGCGUUAAAUCUGGAGCAGGGAGUCGGGCCGCUGCGCUGAACGUCGCUUUGCAGCGGACCCCCAGGACGGACGAAGCGGUGUGGGCGGCGGCAGCGCUGGGCUUCCUGCUGGUUCUGCUAACGCUGUCCGUUCUUCACACCCGGCUGUACCGCCACUGGAGGACCUCGCCCAGCCUCUACUGGCACAACCCGCAUCAGGACUACGACAGCGUCGCUGACGUGAUACGCAGGAGGCUGAGGAUCGCCAAGAAGAGGCGCAAGAGAGGCCGAAGGAAGGAGUGCGUCCUCCUGCCCAGCUCCUCCAGCUCCGACGAAAACCCAUAAAGAUCAGAAACUUCUCCAUAAAAAAACAUCCCAGUGUUUUCAGGAAGUGACGACUGGACCCAACCAAUCAGCAUGUUUUUAAAAACCGUCCUGGAUUGUUCUGACGCUGUCCCUUCAGCACCUACAGUGCAGAAUGGCUGCUAAAAAUAUUUAAUAUUUACAAAUUUGGCUUUUUGAAGUUGUUUGGAUCAGAUGUUCAUAAAUCUGGUCUAAUUAUUUUUAUAUGAUAGUUUUGUUUGUUUCGUACGUAUUUUCAGCACUUACUGAUCUACUGUGACGUUUAUGAUUCAGCUGUUAGAUAUCAUCUGCUCGCCUUUUUGUCCACUUCUUAGCUUUGUUGGCAAAAUGGUUUUUACCCAAAAAUCUGCUUAUUUUCCAAACUAACCGGAUGAUGAAUAAUUUAAUUUAGAGAUCUUUGUUGAAAAGACAGAAGAAAGUGAUUUUUAGGAGCUUUUUUUUCUGUACUCUUUAGAAAUAGAUUUUUCUUUGGCCUGUAAACCCUUGAAAUGUACGUUGCUGUUGUAAGCAGCGCUUCCCACAGCGUGUUGACAUGUUUGCAGCUGGACUGAUCCGUUUCUACAUGGGAUGUGGCAUCUAUUUGAUCCAUUUCACCUGGGCGAUGUGAAGGUUCUGUUCUAUCUAGUUCUGUGGUAUUAACAGAAAUGGUUUCAUCGUAUGAAGAAUUUUUUUUGCGAUGGACCAAGACAGGGAUGCACAUACAUGUGAUUUGGAAGGAAUUGUGUUUUUAGGAAAAAAUAAAAAAUAAAAGUAUCAAAGGUG